CUCCCUCCAAAUCUCAUACUUUUCAAAUCCUUUGCCCCAAAUGUAACCAAACCACCAACCCUAAAAGGGUACCUUUCCCAGCCUAGCUUAUCAAAUUAAAGAAUUGAACCAAGUCUUUAUGCUACUUUGUAGUUCAAUACAAUUCUAAUAUUCUUCUUUAAUUUCUUCCAUCACAUAUAUACAUACAUAAAUAUGUCUCCAUUCUUGAUAAAGAUCAUGUUCACAUGUGGCACCAGAAAAAGGCUACAACUUGGUAAAGUAUAUAUGAAUAUUAGGAGAAGUUGAUUGUUAUAUAUAUAGUUAUAUACAUAUAUUAUCUGGUCUAAAGCUUCCAGAAAGCUACCAUGCAUUAUGCUUAGCAGAAGGAGCUGGAGAAAACAUGGACUCCAUCUUCCUCCUUGAAGAAGGUGACAGAAUUGCUUUUCUUUUUCAUCGGAUAAUGCAGAGCUUUGGGUGCACUUACAUUUGCCUCUGGUCCUAUUUUCCCCACCCAUCAAACAGCUAUUUGGUGUCUGUGGAUGGGCUGUUCAGUGGUGAAAACAGCGUAGCCAGGCGGCUUUUCGAGGAGUAUAGACACUCAUCACCACUUCUAUUCCAUGAAGGGCGCAUUCCGGGAUAUGCAUUCAAGAACAAUCUCCCUUACAUGGAGCUGCUGUUCCCAGAUCUUGAAAGACUUGCUUCCAAUGAAGUGCAGAAGCAGUUCUACAGGGAAGCAGGAAUAAAGACAGCUAUUUUUAUGGGAUGUGGCACAGGAGAGAUUGAGCUUGGGUUAUCUUCUGUCCCACAGGCUAACAUGGAGAUGGAGAUGAAGAAUAUAUUCCCAGAAGAUUUCUUCAGACAAGCAGCACUCCCAGGCCCAGCAAUGGGCCUUUCAAGUCCUCAACUUCAACCCGACCCGAAUCGCCCAUCUUCUUCUUCAUCAUCACUAAAAUCACUCUCCAUAGACAGCCCGGAAUCCCUUCUGUUCGGUGUAGCAGCUGCCGCCACUCCGUACGCGGCGGAGCCGCCGCUGAGAGAGGUGUUUUCCGACCAGAGGGGGAUGCUUCCUGUAGUGACAUCACCUGCGGCAGGAGGAAGUAUGAGGCAUAUCAGAGGCGCCGCCAUUGAUUUCCCGUCAAUGCAGUGUGAAGAUGCCGCCAUAACCAGAGCUUAUUUAGCUGUCAUUUCUUCUUCUUCUCCUCCUCCUUCUUCUUCUCUUCACCCCCAAGGAAGUUUCCAGAAGUUCACAGCUUUCAGAAGGUAUAACAUGGCGGCGGCGGCGGCUCAGCCGGUGGGUGGCGGCAGGGCGAUAAUAAUGAAGAAACAAACCGUACUGAAAAGAUCAUUCGAGUUUUUCAGAAACCUCAACUUGAUCAAACGCCAGGAACUCGCCCGCACCACUCGCCCCACCAUCACGCAAGUUCAUCAUAUGAUUUCUGAGCGAAAACGACGCGAAAAGCUCAAUGAAAGCUUCCAACACCUCAGAUCACUCCUCCCUCCUGGAACUAAGAAAGAUAAAGCGUCAGUUCUUAGCAUGACGACAGAGCAGUUAUCUGCUCUUAAGGCUAAAGUGGAAGAGCUGAGCAGAAAAAACCAAAUCUUGGAAGCAGAGGUGGCGGGGAAGGGGGCGAAAGCGGAGGAGGAGGAGGAGGAGGCGUCGUCCUCCUUCUGCGGCGGCGGAAGGGUGGACGUCCGGAUAACCGAGGCCGGCGAGUCGACGUCGGAGGAUAACAGAGUGGUGGAUUUGCAGGUGAGGGUGAGGGGAGAGAAUGGGAUCUUAGAAUUGGUAAUGAGAUUGCUGGAGUUCUUGAAACAGGUUGAGAAUGUAGGAUUGAUCUCUGUUGAAGCUAACACCAGAUCCACUUCUGUUCAUCGUAUAAUCUUGAGACUCCUAAUUCAGGGAGGUGAAUUGAAUGAAUCGGAUUUCCUGGAAGCAGUGAGAAGGGUUGUUGGUGACUUGGCAUAGGGAAAGCUGGCCUAAUCCACUGCCCAACACUUUUCAAACUAUCAUAGGCUCAAUUUUGUUAAUCUAAUGACCACAUAGAAAUCAUCAUCAUUGUAUAACUUUAGAUUUAGCACAAUUUUGGUAGAGAAAGUUCAAAAAAUAGGUACUCAUUUUAAUACAUAUUUCACUUGUUUUAGACUUAUUACUU